AUGUUGUAGGACAAUUAUUUAGAUGAAGAGAUUUAGGAUGAGGAUGAAGAAAUAAGAGAAUAGAAGGAAGUUCAUGAAUUCGCAAGGGAAAUAAAGGAGAAAGUAGAAGAAACCAACAAAUUAAACAAAGAAUAAUAGGAUUAAUAAAAAGUGAAUGUAAGUUCAACAGUAGGUCCAAUUAGAGUGAAAUUUGAUGUGUUGAGAUGCUUCUUCGAUAGAAUGAGUAAAGUGAGAGGAAAAAAGAAGAGUGAGCUUUUAGAUGUUUUGACUUAAUUCUUUUUCAAACCUCCUAGAAUACCUGAUCACACAUACAUAAUAAUGAGAUUAAUCAUUCCAUUCUAAGACAGGGAUAGAGGAGUAUAUAAAUUAUAAGAAAAAAACCUGGCUAAACUAUUUAGAUUAGCUUUAGGAUUGUCAGACGAUGAUUAUCACAGGAUGGCCAAUUAUAAAUAAGCAAGUAUGUAACCCUAUGGGGCUCCAGUCGGUGAUUUUCCCAUGGUUGUGCAUAAUGUAAUUAAGGAUUAUUGCAGAAAGGACAGCAUUAUAACAAUUUCAGAAGUGGACCAAUUAUUAGACAAUUUAGUUAAGGCUUAAGAUACAAAAGAAUAAGAAUUAGUGAUAGUUGAUUUAAUAAAAGUGUGUACGGCUGAUGAGAUUCUCUGGAUAAUAAGAAUUAUAUUGAAAGACUUAAAAAUUGGUUUGAAAUAUGAGAAGCUAUUAUAAUUGUUUCAUAAAGAUGCUCCUGAAUAUUAUAAUGCAACAUCAUCACUUAAGGAAGUAUGCAAAGAAUUUGUUGAUAUAAAUCAUACUCUUAAGAAUGUAUUAAGAAUAUUCCAUGCAAUCAAACCAAUGUUAGCUGCUAAGAAAUCCCCAGAAGAAAUAAGAAAAUUAAUUGAAGGAAAAGAAUUAUUGGUUGAAACUAAAUUUGAUGGAGAAAGAAUAUAAUGUCAUUUCACUCCUGAAGUCAUCAGAUUUUUUACAAGAAAUUCCAACGAUUACACCUAUUUAUACAAGGAUAAAUUAGGAGAUAUUGUUAGAUAGAGUGUUUAAGCAUAAUGUGCAAUUUUAGAUGGAGAAAUCAUAGUUGUGAAUAAAGAAACCGGAGAUAAUGUUAGAUUUGGUUUGAAUAAAACUGUUGCUCUAAGUAAAGAUGUAAAUGAUGAUGCCUUUGGUCUUUGCUAUAAGAUUUUUGAUAUUCUUUAUCUCAAAACAUACUAAGGAUAAGAAGUCAACACUAUGAGUGCUCCAUUAUCUACUCGUAGAAGUCUAUUAUAGAGGAUUAUAGUACCUAUUCCAAACUAAUUAGAAGUAGUUUAAGCUGCAACUAUUAAAUCAUUCGAAGAACUUAUUUAACAGUUUGAUAUGGCUAUUGAAAGAAAUUAAGAAGGCAUCAUAAUUAAAUAGAUGGACUCUUAGUAUUUACCUAAUGAAAGAUCCACUAAAUGGGUUAAGAUGAAGGGAGAUUACGUUGAAAAUAUGACGGAUAAUUGUGAUUUAUUGGUUAUUGGCGGUUAUUUCGGAACAUAAUCACAUAGAGUAGAGACUUUUGAUGAAUUUGAUAGAAUUACACAUUUUUUAAUGGGAUUAGCUUAAAAAAUAGAUAAAAAUUAACCAACUAAUAGUGUAAUAUUACCAUUUGUAAAAGUUGGAACUGGUUUCACUGAUAAUGAAUUAUCAACAAUCAGAAAUAAAUUAAGAAAUCAUUGGAUCAAGAAGCAGAAACCUAAUUAUAUACCUUAGAAUUGGAAUCCUGGAGUUAAUGAUAGACCAGAUGUAUAUAUUAAUAAUCCAGCUCAUUCAAUUAUAUUUGAAGUUAAAGCUGCAGAAAUCACAAAGUCGAAUACUUUCCCAACCGAUUACACUCUUAGAUUUCCAAGAUGUUACAAGACUAGAAUGGACAAAGAUUGGUAUGAAAUGAUGACCACACAAGAUUUAUCAAGUAUGAUCAAUGACUCAUAAUACACAAAGAAUCUCAAAAAGAAGAAUGAUAAAGAAGGAAACGAUAAAUAAACAGAUGAUGAGGUUGAAAAUGAAGACAGACCUAUGAGGUAGGCUAAAGAAAGAAAAUAACCCUUAAGAAAAGGUGGAGCCCAUUCUAAAUAGAUUACCAUAAUGACUGAAUAUUAAGGGUUAGAUCCAAGAAACAUCACUAAAGAAUCCAACCUGUUUGUAGGAUGCGAAUUUUAUAUUGUUAACUUAGAAGAAGAUUAUAAUAAAUGA